AUGGAGAGACGUCUGAAUCAGCCUCUGAGAUCAAAGAGGAAAAUACAUGACUCGGCCGACGAAGAUGAACCUUUGAUAUUCAAGAGAAGUAGGUUUGCUUCUACUAUAAACUCCACAUCCAUCGGUGAAACGGAACACCAAGAACAAUUACAAGAGCCAGAGGAUGGAGAACAUCGACAAAGUGACAAGCAAGAAGAGGAAGGAGAAGAAGAUCCGGAAAGUGAAGAACUAGAAGAAGACCAACAAAAUGAAGAGCAAGAAGAGGACGGAGAAGAAGAUCAGGAAAGUGAAGAACUAGAAGAAGACCAACAAAAUGAAGAGCAAGAAGAGGACGGAGAAGAAGAUCAGGAAAGUGAAGAACAAGAAGAAGACCAACAAAAUGAAGAGCAAGAAGAGGACGGAGCAGAAAAUCAGGAAAGUGAUGAAGAACUAGAUGAACCAGAAAAUGAAGGAGAAGAUGGAUACGAAGGACCGUAUAACGAACCAACCAAUGCUGCUGACCGAGAGGGUCAUGGUUCAAAUAUUGCGGUAAUCUUAACUGAGCCAGCUCUGCUCGAUUGCCCUAUAUGCUUUGAGCCCUUGACCAUCCCUGUCUUCCAGUGUGAUCAAAAUGGUCACAUUUCUUGCUCCACCUGCUGCACCAAAAUUAACAACAAGUGCCCCUCUUGUUCCUGCCCUAUUGGAUCCAAUCGUUGCCGGGCCGUCGAGAAAAUUGUGGAAUCAAUUGCAACUCCAUGCCAAAACAUCAAGUACGGCUGCAACACUCGUGUGAUUUACAAUAAGAAAAUUGAACAUGAAAAGACAUGUCUCUAUUUGCCUUGUUCAUGCCCCUAUUUUGGCUGCACGUUUGUCUCAUCGGCUAAAGAGUUAUACAAACAUUACAGCAAUAAUCAUGUGUAUUUUGCAACGGAGUUCGUGUGCGACGACGAUUUUCGCAGUUUCUCUAUUACAUUAACCAAGAUGGACAGAUUUAUUGUUCUUCGAGAAAAGAAUGAUGGGAGGUUAUUUGUCCUUUACAACGAUCCUGUCGUUCUGGGGAAUUUGGUGACUCUUAGCUGUAUUCAGCCCAGCUUCAUGGAGCGUUUCAACUACUAUCUUGUAGUUAAACACGAGGAGACUACUCUGAAAUUAAGGUCUGUAACGAAAAGCACACAAGGGCAGAAAAAUUAUAGCCCUCCUAAUUCAUCCAGUUCGCUUUUAAUCCCGCAUGACUUUUUCGAUUCUUGGGAUGACCAGCUCGAGAUGGAAAUCUGUAUAUGGCACAUUUACAUAGGCGCCUCUAUUUUCAUGAUUGGGCACCGAGUCCCUCAGGAGGAAAUAGGUGAUGUGAGAGGGAUGGAUCGGUGCUCCGGUUCGAUCAGUUUCAAUGGUGAUUGGGUGGAGAAAUGGCCAUGGCGGAUCAGGCCGAGGCGAGGACGCCUCAAAUCUGGGCUGUACGUAGUCGGGAAGGACCUGAAUAUACAAUCUCGAAGCCAAGAGAUGAGAGGGUGCGACCUCUGGACCCGGAUUAAAGCGGCCACACUCCGAUUGAUGGCGGCGCCGGCCUUUGCACCCCAACUUGUGGAGGCGGCAGAGAUAGCAGUUGUGCACCGUGAAGCGAAUCAGACUUUGGAGCAGGCAGAGCUCGCCGGUAGGAUGAUCGGAUCUGAGGCGAUGGCGGUGGCUGGCUCUGCUGCCCGGAUUGGCAAUGGGGUGGUCUCGGCGGCAGCUGGCGUGCUUGGCAAAGGAGUGAGAGUACUCGACGGUAUGCCGAGAUUAUUCAGAGAUUCAGAUUCUGAUGAUUCCCGUUUGAUCGUUAGCAGAUUCUUAGAUUUAGAAGCAGAAGACUGUCCAGAUUCAGAGGAUCUGGAUAGCCCUUUGAUCCACCGGCGGAGAUUCUCAGAUUCAGAUUCUGAUGAUAACCCUUUGAUCCGCCACCCGAGAUUCUCAGAUUCGGAUGAUGACGACUGCGUUCCGCUCAGGUUCAAGAGACCUCGUCUUGUAAAAAAACAUCGUCAAAGUGAAGAAGGAGAAGAAGAAGAAGAAAUUCAAGGAAAAGAUAAAGAUUAUAUAGAUUUUGAAGCCAAAGAAACAAACGAACACAGGACAGGUGACCGUAACCCUAAUAUUGUGAUAACCCUAAGUGACCCAGGACUGCUUGAUUGCCCAAUUUGCUUUGAACCCUUGACCGUUCCUGUCUUCCAGUGUGAUGGAAAUGGACAUUUAGCUUGCUCAUCUUGUUGCGCCAAAAUCGAAAACAAAUGCCCUUCCUGUUCCUGCCCCAUUGGAUCGAACCGUUGCUCGGCCAUCGAGAAGGUCCUGGACUCAAGCACAACUUCUUGCCGAAACAAAAAGUACGGCUGCACUGCUCCGGUGACUUACCACAAGAAAAAUGAACAUGAAAGGACAUGUGCAUAUUCACCUAGUUGUUCUUGCCCCUAUUUGGGUUGCGAGUUUGUCUCAUCAGCCAUGGAGUUAUACCGGCAUUACAGCAAUAAUCAUGGGGAUUCUGCAAUAGAGUUCGUGAGCGACAACUUGUUUUCCAUUUCAUUGAGGAAGUAUGACAAGUUUGUUAUUCUUCGAGAACGGGAUGUAGGUACCUUAUUCAUUCUUCACAAUAGUGUUGAUGAUCUAGGAAAUGUGGUCAGCCUUAGCUGUAUUCAACCAAUCUUCAAGGAGGGCUUCAUCUAUAAACUUGUGGUUAGACACAGAGAAAGUGAUUCCCUCAAAUUACGGUCAGUGACACAAAGCAUUCGAAGCCUGCAGGCAUAUCCUAGACCUCCCAGUUUCCUUCUAAUCCCGCGUGAGUUCUUCUCUUUGGAUUCAAAUUGCGGUCACCUCGAGAUGGAUGUGCGCAUAAAUGUGGCGUAAGUGAUGACCAUUGCCCUACAUCACAUGCAUGACUGGGCAGUAAAUUUUCUUCAAGAGAUUUUUGGUAUUGAUUUUGUUGGCUAGGUGAAAGACUGAAAAAUGUCCUCGGUCAGCUCUGCUGUUUGAUUUUUAUUUAUUUGCUGAGGGGAUAAAAACGUUUUGGUCUUUAUGCAAUUCGAUUUUGGAAUAGCAUUGUAGGGUUAUCAGGUGAGGCUGUCCUUAAUAAUUUUCGUGUGAUAUGAAGAUAAUUAUCUCCCUUUACUUUAGUUGAAUUAA